UCAAUAAAUGGUGUGCAAUGUUGUGUGCACAUGACAGUCGGAGGUGAUUAUGUCAAAACAUAGCACGAAUCCGUAUUAUUUUUGAUUGUGGGUAAAUGAAAUAAAUGCUUUUCACCAAAAUGACUGGUAGCACAAAGAGAAAAUUGGCGAUAUUCAUAGGAACGUCUAAAUGUCUAAUUUAUGCAGAAGCCAAAUACUGUGCCUCUGAAAUGCCUGAACAAAGAAAAUAUUAUGAGUGUUCUAGAAGUGAAUAUUGUUGCGCCUUCGGCUGCUGUGUGUCUCCUGGACUUCAUUUUCAUCAUUUAUGGUAUUAUUGGAUCUUAGUUAUAAUUAUGUUUUUGGUGUGUUCCGGAGGUGGUUGGUGGUAUCGAUACAGGUUACAGGGAAGAUAUAGAGCCGCUGCAUCAGCCAUUCCAAGCAGACCUUCUAAUUCGAGAACACAAAAUACGCUUCGAGGUCAAACUUGCCAACCACAGCAAGCUCGUAUUUCUUACAAUUCAGCAAGAAACACCGUUCUAUUACAUCGUAUGUGGAAAGGUCCUCAAAGGAAUGGAACAUCUCUUAAUUUCAAUGGGAACGCUACGACGUCAACACAUUAUCAAAAUAUGAAUGUAGUGCUAAACGAUGCCAAUUGUCCCUACUAUCAAUUGUAUGGUCCACCACCGAGUUACGAAACGGUGAUUGCUGAAACUCGGGGGAAGACGUUAUCGUCGCCCACGUCAUCGGAAGUAGGAGCUGCCAGGUUGAACUUGGAAGCAGAAAGCAACGUGAUAACGAAUCCGAGUGUACCUUCAUAUUUCGCUUAUCCGUGCAGUCCGGCGAGAUUGAAUCCCGUCCUAAUGAAUUCGGAUUCGCGUAGUCAACAGUCCAUGCAGCAGUGUGUAAAUGGUCCGGUGAAUUCUCAACCGAGCAACGCUGAGGAUUGUACACAGGAGAACGCAGCGUACGUUCGUUUUCCGUCGUAUUGUCAGGCGGAGAACGCUGUCGGUAGUCCUGCUGCCAUUGCAAGACAGAAUUACUGUGUUUCUCCUUUGCGACAGGAGCGGAGUUCGGCAACGCUUUCGCCGAUUGACACUUUUGAAUUUCCACCGAUUGUUCAUAAUAUUCCGAGAAGAGGUAAUACGCUUAAACCUGAAGUCGACUCGAGCAACUCAAGAGAACGAAAGGUUUUAAGAGAUGUUUGUAAGGAUGUGGAGUAUACAGUUUCCCAGGUGCGCGGACACAUGAAGCUUGAGAAGUGUCCAUCGAACGAUAGAUACGGAAAGUACCGUCAGCAAGUAUGGAAAGAGAAUAUGAAGCAUGACGAUGUAGAUGAAUUUUUCUCGGUCGUUCAUUCAAGUACAACGGAGAAACCGGAUGAGAUCGAGGUUGGCCGAAAUAGCUCUGGUGGAUUAUUCAAAGUCGUCGGCAAAUAUGCCAGCGGUUCAAAGCACGAUGAGGAACAGCAGAAUGAAGAAGAAAGAAGAGAGGAGGACGACGAUGAAGAAGAAGCCAGGGACUAUUUAGGUUCUCAAGAAAGGAUCUUCGUGCGAACGACUUUUGCUUUGUCUGAGAAUGCAAAAAGGAAAUACAAUUUCGUAAAACGCGUUCUCACGGACGUCGCUACAAGUCCUCAAUCAAAUCCAUCCAAUAAUGUGAUAGCGGGGUCCUUCGUUUCUGCCGCGACGAGAACGAAUGCCGACUCUGAUGUUGAAAGUAAACGUAGAUUAGACAGAUCGAAGUCGUUAGAUUAAAUACUGCGUCCGUUUUUAUUCGUGCUCUGAUUAAUGAUUCCUCGUCAAUCUAUCGCUUAUUCAUGUAUAUGUUGUUCGUCGUAUCUGAUCGAUCCGUACUCCAGUUAGAAAAAAAAGGAGGCACAUGUUAAAGCCAUUCAUAGAAGUCACUUACGUCGCACGUGCCGAUAAAAUAGAUAUGAUAUUCGAAUAUGAUUUUUAAUUGUUUAAAUUAAGUAUAUAUGUUCUAUCUACUGGGAUAAUGCGAAAGCGUUUUGCAUUUCUCUUUAUUUUUCUAAAAAUUCAUGUAACUUCGUAGCAACUCAUGUAAUAUAGUAUUAAUUGAUGGUUCUUCUUCUCGCUAAUAUUUAUAGACUUUAUUAUAGGUAGAUUUCUCAUUUAGUUUUUUAUUUUAUAAUUUUCUUUAGUUUAUCGUUAAAUAUUUAACCAUAGGUUAUGAUACUUUUUACUGUAAGUUAAACUCUUCCGUAAAAUUUACUACUCGAAAAAAAAACUUGUGUGUGUAAUUUGACAAAAUAAUAUUUUUAUUGAUUUUUUGGAACAAUAUUCAUAUAUUUGUUAUCCUAUAUUAUUGGCUGUGUGACGUAUAUGGUGUGUUUCGAAAGGUUACUGGCAAAUUUAAGUAGCAUGUGGAGAAAUAGAAAAUAGAACAACUUUCGAAUUAAAAAUCAUUCGAAAUAAUCCUGGGUUAAUAAAAGACAAACAUCAUCCAAUAACUUUUCAACAGUUCACUAGUAUCUCGAGGAACAACGUUAAUUACGUACAUUGCAUCAUAUAUUUAGGUCUUCCACGACAAAUUCGAAUAGCCGCUAUCCAAGAGAAUAUAUAUAAAUAAUUACUUGUGCGAAAGAAUAAUUAUCUAAAUAUUGUUCUUACAUUAAAAGGCUUGUGCUGACUGAGACUAAUUUGGAAAAACGUGGUUUAUUAGUCGAAAGUUGUUCUAGUUUGACCCUUUCGCUAAAAUUUGUCGGCAAUCUUUUAAAACACUUUGUAGCUAUAGAAAAUCUUGUAUUUGGCUAGUCAAGUUCCCAUUUUUCUCAACAGAAGUUCAUUGUCCAACUUAUUUUUCAUUGCCUGUCUAUUUGUCUCUGUCUUUCCACACUUUUCCUAUUGUCUUUUUCUCUUUAUAAUCGAGUAUACAUCUUUUCUUACCAUUCCUAAAUUUCGACAUUAAAAAUUAUGAACUUAAAUUUUCCAACUUUCGGAUAUAAAUUUAUUCUUACAUAUGUAUUUUUAUCUUGUGCUUGGAGAAUAAUCCAAUGCAUAUGUAUUUAUGUAUGUAUAUAUAUAUAUUGUACAUAGAUAUACACGUAUAUACAUACAUACAUACAUACAUACUAAACGUGUAAUACAUGAAACAUGUUGUCGAUAUAAUUUAUUUUCCGAUGAAAGAUGUGAAAAAUUUGAGUCGUAACUUUAUUGGCUUUCCAAUACGAACAUUUGUCUUUACGAUUUACCUUAUAUAUAUAUGGGACCACUGCCCGUAGUGAUAUAUAAGAUCAGUCCGAAAUAAUAAGCUGCGUACAAUCUUUUUUUUAUAAGCCCAUUUAUGAAUCGUUUAAUAGUAAAUCGUUGUUUCAUUUUAUUUAUCUCAUUACUCAUUACGAUAAUGAGUAAUUAUGUUGUAAAUAAUCUAUGAAACAUUUUCGUUCGUGUUGGUAGUUAUUUACGUUACAUGUAAUGUUACAUUGUGUAUGCGGAGUUUCUAUAUUUUAAAGUUGAUAGUCAUUCAUUCGAUUUACGCACAAAGUGGAGAAAACAAAAAAAAAAAAGAAUCAAUGUCGAUCUUAUAUUCAGUCCAUUUCACAUUCUACGUCGAUGUGAUAAACGUCAUUUUUCUAAUCUUCAUCUUUGCACAGAUCAUUAUACUUUACGAAACAGAUAAAUUUUAAAUAUUAUACAUAUAUAACGUUUGAAUCCAUAGGAUAAUUUACAAUGACUAUCUUGUCGUAUUUUUUAAUAAGAAACAACCAAAAAUAAUAUAAAUAUAUAUAUUUAAAAUAAUAUAAAUAUAUAUAUAUAUUAUAUUAAUAUUUAUAGAUUUCGAUGAUGGGUAAACGCCGCGUUUCUAAUCGGGCUCCUUACGAGAGUUUAGUCUUUACCAAUAAUGCACGUUAUUUCAGUCUUAUUAGUAUUAAGGACUAAGGAAAGCACAUUAAACAAUCAAUUAUCGGAAUAUUGAAGCGUUAAACCGUCAUUUUAAAAGAAGGAUUUCUAGUUUGCUUGAGCUAUUAUAUGUAAUACACAACGCAUAGCGAGACGAUAUAAGAAGCUAAUAUCGAAGAAAGCUUCCAAUAAAAAAUGAUUGUACUUAUCUACGUAGAAAAUAAGAACAGAAUAUGAUUGAGACAAAGAUGAAGAGAUGACGAUUAUUAUUCGAUCGAUUGUACAGACCCGAGUACGUUUUCUUAUAUUCAAAUAAAUACACGUUCUAUUUCUUACUCGCUUACAUAUCCUUACGUGAUCCUAAUCUAUAUAAGAUCGCAAUAAACAUGCGAUUGCGUAACGUUAACGCAAUGAUUAUCAUGUAUUACUGCUGAAGAGUAAAAUCUAAAAUUGAUUAUUUUAUUAUAUAUACAUACAUACAAACAUAUAUGUAUAUAUAUAUUGUAUUAAGUAAAGCAAUUAAUUCGAUGCCUUUUAAACAAAUUUAUUAUCUAUUUAUAAAUUAAUCGUACAUCUGUCAUUCUUCGAAAUAAUCUUCAUUAUUUUCGAUAACUUUGGUCCAUUUUUCAGGCAACUGCCGAAUACUUUGACGAUUAAAAAAAAGUAGAUGGCGAUUUUGAUGGAAUGAAUUUAAUAUGAAGGUAUCGAAUUAAUUGCUACACCUUAUAUAUAUAUAUAUAUAUAUAUAUAUAUAUAUUAAUACGAGAUACGCUAUUAUAAAAUAAGUAUUACGACGUCCAUCAGGGAAUAAUGUAUUAUGUAUGUAUAUCGAGCGAUGCCAGAAAGUCGGCUUCUACAGUGCCACGUUCCGACGUGUUUUGUUUUUCUCAAUGAGAUUU